ACAGUCUAAACCCCCUUCCCGAGUAGGAAGGUAAGGAGGUACCUAAGGUAAGGUAGGUACGUACCUGCGGAAGCUUAACCGAAGAUCCCCCAUACAGGGGCCACUGACGCCUUCUGCGUCGAACCUCGAAAUUCCAUCACCUACAGUGACAGUGUCUGUCUGCGCUGGAAAACGCCAUCCAUCUUCACCUACCUUGGUUUGCCCGACCCACGAAGCGACGUCCUACCCACCCAGCCACCCACCAAAAUGUCCGAAUACUGGAAAUCGACGCCGAAAUACUGGUGCAAGCACUGCAGCAUCUACGUGCGCGACACGAAGCUCGAGCGGCAGAACCACGAGGCGACCGGGAAGCACCAGGGCGCGCUCAAGCGGUUCCUGCGCGACCUGCACCGCGGCCAUGAGCAGGAGGAGCGCGAGAAGGAGCGGGCGAAGCGCGAGGUCGAGCGGCUGAAGGGCAUCGCGCCGGGGUCCUCGGCGUCGUCCUUCGCCGGGCCGCCGUCGUACUCGAGACCCGGGUCGGGCGCGGCGUCGUCGACAGAGGCGCAGCGGAAGCAGCAGAUGGAGCAGCUCGCGGCGAUGGGCGUGUCGAUACCGACGGCCUUUCGGGGUGACAUGGCGAUGGCGGGCGAGUGGACGGUGACGGCGACAAAGGUCAUUGACGACGACGACGCCGCGUCGCAGGAGAAGCCCGUCGAGGCCAAGGCGGUUGGGGUGCGGAAGCGCGAGCAGACGGAGGAGGAGAGGGAGGAGGAGGAGGCCGUCCGGGGCCUGUUCAAGAGGCCGAGGAGAUGGGGCGGCACCAAGACGAUGCCAGAGGACGACGCGGACCUCGACGCGCUGCUCGGCAGCAGCACGCUUCUGCGGCCAGUGAAGAAGGAGAAGGAGGAGGAGGUUGCGGAGGAAGAGCAGAAAUCCGCCGGGACGACGGACCUCGACAAUACGAAAGAGGGCGUCACGGGGGUCCGAGUCAAGACGGAGGAGGGCGCGGGGGAUGCUGCGUCCGGAAACGAACCUGACGGGCCCUCGGUCAAGAGGGAACCUACUGAGGAUGGUGCCGGCAAAGGCCUAGACGUGUCUGCAUUGGAUGAGGACGCCGUGAAGAAGGAGGACGAAGACAAGGCGGCGGUGGCGGCGGGUUCCAUGGAGGCCGCAGCGCCGGCUGUGGUGUUCAAGAAGCGUAAGCCCAAGAAUAUCCGCCAAAAGUAAAUUUUCCUACAAGGUGGUGGGGGGAGGGAGGGAUAUCAACUCCGGGGCGGGUG